UCUGAGCUUGGUUGAGCUUGUGCUAUGGACGAAGAGCCGAAUGAGAAGGGUAUCCACCAGUGGCUGGACGUGGACGAAUUCCCAGAGCAUCUCAAGAAAUAUUGGCACCAGCGGUUCAAGAUAUGGCAGGAUUACAAUAAAGGCAUAUGGAUGACAGAAGACGGCUGGUUUGGUGUGACACCUGAGCCCAUUGCGAACAAGAUUGCUGCGCAUCUAGCGGAAUCGGCUCCGAAAGAUAAGACCAUCAUCAUUGAUGCCUUUGCAGGAGUGGGUGGAAAUUCAAUCGCGUUUGCCCGCUCAGAACGAUGGGAACAAGUCUUCGCCAUCGAGAAAGACACCAAGGCGAUGAAGUGCGCAAAGCACAACGCUAAGGUCUACGGCGUCGACAAGAAGAUCGUCUGGGUCACCGGAGACUGCUUCGACGUGAUCAGCCGGAGAUUCAGCGGAAAGACCAACGUCAUCAUUUUUGCUAGCCCGCCUUGGGGAGGCACGGAGUACAGCGCCGAAGACGUAUUUGAUCUCACCAAGAUGGAGCCCUACAAUCUGAACAAGCUUGUACAGAGCUUCUCAAUGCACAGCAAGCAUAUAGUCCUAUAUCUGCCACGGACGUCCGACUUAAAUCAGAUUGCUCGGUAUGCGCCAGAGGGGAAGAAGCUCGAAGUGACCCACUAUUGCAUGAUGGGCGCAAGCAAGGCACUGUGCGUUUACUUCGGGGACUUCAACUUCGAUGUGGAUGAGACAGAGGAGAAAUCUCCCGCUUGAUCAUUCGCGAAAGGCGGCUCUAUGGAUCCCCAUGAGCAGUCCUCUCUGCUCUACUUAGGGUGGCGGCCGGAUAUGACGCUGCGUAUGAUUUAUGGCGCCCGGAAAAUCUCCCAAAAUGAUAUAUUGAACGGGAAAGGGCUUCGACCUCCUGGGCGUGAAGAUAUGCGGCGGUGGUGCUCAGGUGAACAUGACUUGCUUAAUAGUUUAGACCGAGGCUAGUGAUGGCAUAAAGCCCAACGUUGCAAUAUGGUUAGGCCUAUCAUAUAAUAGCGGCCGCUGUUGCUUG